AUGACGUGUUUGUUAGUGUUUUUACCCACCCUGGUUGCGGUGAUGCUGUUGGCCGACCGAUGUCUCGGGUCUGACAAUAACAACAACAACAACGGCACGACAACAACGACUGUCGUGUCCGCUUCCGAACUGUCGUCGUCGCCACCGUCGUGGGCUGCUGCCACUACCGAUUACCCGACGCAAUCGCCACUGACGAACGGCGGCAACGAGACGGCUGGACAGUCAGCGGCCAGCAAACCCAGUAAGUUCGACGAGCACGUGGAGGACUGGCAGUACGUGGACGAACCGCUGAAGAACUUGACGACGGCCGCCAAAUCAGUUACCACGGUUGCCGGUAACUCGACCGUGUGCAAGAUGUGCUUGAUCGACAAGGCCAAGACCCGGCGGAACAAGCGCAACCACGACAACCGGCUGUUCAAGAUGGUCGUCAAGUCGUCGCGACACCGAGACCUGUACGCCCAGCUAAUGGCCUCGGUGGCGUCCAAACAGUCGUACCGGCGCAAGCGGUUCCGCCGUACGCCGGGCCCUUCGACAGCCGAGUCGUCCACGUACAAACAGUUGUUCCGGUACAAGCGGUACCGACGUUCCGUCGCUGACACCGCAGUUACGGCUGAAAGCAUUGCGAGCCCGGCUGAAGAAACCGUGGACACGGGUGCAGGCAUCACGGACACCGCGGCUGCAGACUUUUCGUUGGCGCGUUUAUCGGCGUCCAAACAGCUGUACCGGCGGAAGCGGUUCCGGCGUUCCGCGGUGGCCGCAUAUCCGAACGGCAUGAUACGGCCGUACCACUAUAGCAACAACAACAACCGGUACCAGCAACAACAGUACGGGCCCUCGUUGGCAGCCGACCUGCAGCUGCAGCAAAACCGCCGUCGGCGUUACCGGUACGCCGCGGACCCGUAUCACUACAAACGGAACGGUGCGGCGGUCACCGCCUGGGACCGUUCCGCCGAGUUCCGUCGCCGGUACCUCCGGUUCCCGCCCACGCACGAUGCACCGCCUCCCGCAUACAACAACAUCGUCAACAGCAACAGCAACAACCCGUGGACGCCGGCCGCCGUACCGCCAGGCCUGUUGUCACAGCAACAGCCUUUCAGUUACUUACCCCAGUACCCGGUCCAACAACAACCACCGUCCAUGGGGCCCAGGAGUCCUCGGCUCGUGUUCCGCGACCCYAUUGACCAGGGCACGCUCCAGGCACCGUUCGGCGGUGGGCCCAACGGACUCCAAGACCUGUUGGUCUCGCAACCCGACGACGUCAAAGGUCAGU